CGCCAUGAUCACCUCGCCGCUCGACCACUCUCGCCGCGCCGCGCCGCCUCCCUCACUCUCGCCGCGCCGGACAGACGUAAACAAGCACCCGAGGAGGGCAGGAGGACGGUCAUUUCUUUCCGCCAGCACACGACCCACAGCCCCAACAGCCAUGCAGAGGGAGGAGCGGUUGAUGGACGCCACGCUGGAUGCGAUCCUCCAGCGGGUGGUGGACAUCAAGGGGUCGCUGCAGGAGUUGAUGGUCAAGACAGAGCGGGAGGGGGAGCAGGGAGACUGGCCCUCCUAUCUCAACUCUUUCUCUGUAAUCUCAGCACAGAUUUACACCCUCAUGAAGCUGCUUAAGAAUGAGAAGACGCCAAUCUUACGUAACUAUCUCACACUUCCCCUCCAACUCAAUGCUGAGUCGGAUGAAAAACUGUUGGUGGCCACCGAGGGCCGCGUCCCAUCCUUCAGCCACGACUUUGUCCCCAACAUGCUGAGAACCAAGCCUGAGCCGGACGUGGAACAGAAGCACCAAGCCCUGGAGACCAAGAUGACGCAGAUCAACAGUGACACAGCGCAGGUGGGUAAGAAACAAAUCAACAUCCACAACAAGGUAGUGAAGCACGUGAUGGACUUGGUCAACACGGCAAGAGAGGAGUGGGAGACGGAGACAGCCGCACGCACCAGCCAGCCCCAGACAUGCUCCCUCAAUGAGACGCAGGCCCUGGUGGCAGCCCUAGGCACCGGCAAGGGCUUCAAGAUGCGGGCGCAGCCUCCAGGUCCCUCGCCCACCAUUCAGCAGCCUCCACCACAAAUCACCACAACAAGCAAGGCCCCGAGUGCUGUCAAGACCAACAUCAAGGCGGCCUCUGCCAUCCACCCCUACGGCAGGUGAACAAUGCCUCUGUGCUGGCCCACUUCCUUCCACCACCACACUGGCAUCAUACUACUGGCCUGGCUGGCAGAUGCUUACUUGAUUUAUAAAUGGUUGUCAGUGUGUGAGAGAGAGAGAGAGAGAGAGAGAGAGAGAAUUAUUCCCAUAGUAAAGAUCUGGAUAUGUAUUGUAGCAACGUCUUUAAUAUAAUAUGCAAAAAAUAA